ACAAGAAAUUAGUACCCAGAUGCUCCGGAUUGCUAUCUUACCAACAGGAUCCACUUUAAUAAAUGAAACCAAUGGUGAAAUUAAAGUGAUUGGAGGGUACGAAUCUUCUCUCUUGGAUAUUCUUAUACAAGGUUUAAAAAUGCCAUAUAAACUUUACGUACCCAAAGAAAAAACAUGGGGUGCUAAAACUCCAGAUGGAAAUUGGACAGGAUUGAUGGGAAUGAUCCAUCGAAAAGAAGUAGACAUAGCAUUAAGCUCAAUGUUCAUAACCGAAUCCAGGCAAGAAAUCGUAGACUUCAGUUUCCCGUGCACUUUCCACACUAUAACAUUUGCCACGAAGCUCCCAGCAACUAUUUCGAAAGGAGACGCUUUCUUUAUGCCGUUUUCAUUGAUGCUGUGGCUUUGUAUAGGAUUUACAUUUAUACUGUUUUUCGUGUUCAUGCGUUUAUAUCCACCAAAUAAAAGUACAUUCCAGGAGGAUAUUUUUAACAUGAUUGGAAUCUUCUUGCACCAACCAGGCUGGUUUGAAGUCCAGACCACAGAUGCCAGAUUUCUUCAGUUGUCUUGGAUGCUAUUUUCACUAUUUAUUUCGUUCAGCUAUACAGUGCUUCUGUUAUCUUUCAUGACGCUGCCGACUCGAGAAAUCGGUAUUCGCACCAUUAAUCAACUAGCAAAAGCAGUAAGCGAAGGGCGUUACAAAGUCGUGACCAUCAAAGGAUCCAGCAUAGCUUUUACUUUGGCUGAAAGCGGGAAAAAACGGGAUGAGAUAAUUGGCAAGAAAAUCAUAAAAAGUAAAUGGUUUGUCGAACCACAAAAAUUGGACUUAGUGAAGUAUAUCAAUAAAAAUAAAGUUAAAACUGCUUUUGUAACAUCAAAGCAUAAUCUUCAUCUUCAAUAUCAAGAUAGUUUCUACGUUUCUAAAGAUUCUUUCUUUAUGGCUCCAUCUGCAAUUGCAAUGAUUAACGGUUUUCCUCUGCGACAUAAAGUAAAUAGCCUGAUAUUAAGAGGAGCGGCUUCUGGAGUCUAUGAUAAAACAUACAACGAAUACGUUUUCCGGAAAAGGUUAAAAAGUUCAGAUGAUGAUGAUUCAGAUUCUGAUAAGCAACUUGGAUUGAACGAUCUAUACGGACUUUUUGUUCUUUUAGUUUUCGGUAACAUUUUAGCUGCCAUUGUUUGUCUAUUUGAACGUAUAAGUUAUAGAAAAAGGCAGAAGAGCAAAGAAAAAAUUUCGAAGAAGUGUAAAAAAGUUUCAAAGAAGUUAAAACAGAAAAAGAUAGUUUUAAUCUUACGUUGAAAUAUUACAUUAAGAAUGAGCUGCUUACGAUGUCUAUGAUAGAACAUGCUAAGAUAUUUUACCUAAAACUUAAAAGGUAUUAUAUACCACGAUGAUGUUUUAGAUUCUAAUAAAUUUCAACUUGGAUUGACUUUUUGUUCUUUUAGUGUUCGGCAAUAUUUUAGCUAGAGUAGCGUGUUUUUUAAAACGUAUAAUUAAUAGAAAAAAGCAGAAGCAUAAAAAAACUUGAAAAAAGUCAUGGAAGAAAAAUGUUUUAAUCUUACAUUGAAGUAUUAUACUAAAAUGAAGCUGUAGAUGUCUACGAUAAGACAUUAUACUAAUAUAUUUUACUUAAGAAAUUAAAAAGUAUCAAUAUAACGAUGACGAUUCGGAUUCUUCAAAAGUAUGGACUUU